AUGUUACGGUUUCUACAAGGGGCUGGGUUUGCUCAACGAGCUUUCAACACUAUGAAGGCACCAUCGGGGGCCUGGCAAGGUGCCUGGAGACGUUUCUAUACAACCACGGAGCGCGAUGUCGUUGGAUGGCGCCCAAUCAACUCUGGCGCGUCGCGGCGUUCUGCGACAGCCUUUCACCCACUGCGGCCUUUUGGGUUGCGCGUGGCAGCACCUGGAUGGACGCCGGCAUCCAGGAGAGGCUUCCGCUUCUCUACUUGGAGACGUAACACCACAAAUGGAGAGAAAGCACCGUCGCUGUCGCUGUCGCAACGACUGAAGAAAUUGUUCAAGGAUUACGGAAAGUCGGCGAUCGGCGUGUACCUGGCGCUCAGCGUUCUAGACUUCCCCUUUUGCUUCCUACUAGUGCGCAUUGUAGGCACAGAUACCAUUGGCAAGAUUGAGCACGCUGUCGUAUCCACCGUUUCAAGUUUCAUUCCAGAAUCUAUCCGACAGAAGUGGCGCGGUUACUGGCAAUCGGUUAAGAAGACGGAAACGGACACGCUUGGCAAUGGAGAUGUUAGUGAAACGGUGGAGAUGAUGGGAUGGGGUGUCGAAAAGGCGCAGGAGCAUCACAACGAAACAGCCAGCCUGGGGACACAGCUGGCUCUUGCAUACGCUAUCCACAAGAGCUUCAUCUUCCUGCGAGUUCCGCUGACGGCCGCGCUUACGCCCAAGAUUGUCAAGAAGCUCCGGUCAUGGGGCUGGAAUAUUGGAAAGAAGGCAUAG